AUGGUCAAUACAGGCGAUGCAGGGCACAGCAGGCACAUGUCACUUCCCCCGCCUCCUCCACUACCGCAGGGUGCUACAGGAUCGAGGUCAUCGUCCCAGAGCCGCGUCGAUACGUAUUGCGAUCGGACGUCCUUUGGUGCGGGGCAGAGACCGUCUAUCGCCGUCUCUCAGGAGAGUCUGCAGUCUUCAUCCUCGUCCAGUGAACAUUACCAUUUGUCUCCUACUCCUCAGUCUGAUAAUUUCACACGUGCACCAGCCUCCAAAAGAGCUGUUUCUGCAGGUCCCAUGGUCGGCAGUGCCAGCUCUUCUAGAGCCACGAGUCAAUCUCGCAGUCAUUCACCAUCGACGCGUGGCUGGGAGCCAGGCAUGCCGCUCCCACCACCGCCUCCGGGGCCUCCUCCUCCUACCGCCAGGUCGCAAAGUGUGAGUGGCCUGUCAGAGACAUCGGCGAUGCGGAACUCGCAGGUCUUGACGCGAAGACGGCCGCCCCCUGUGAUGGGAACAGGUUUGGAUAGCAUCCCACCAACUCCCGCCGGCUGGGUUGAUGAAGGUUCGGGAGAGAGCAGACAAAGGCGGGAUAGGGACCUCCCGAACAUUGAUACAUCCAGCGCUACCCUAUCUAAUCGCGCGACCACUCGGUCAGAAUCCAGGGAUCCAAGCCAUGCCCCCCAAAGUUCAGCCAACGGUGGUCUCUUUCGUAGUCCAGCUAUUCGAGACCCAAGCGCCAAAGGUAUUCGCGAGAGGCGCGUCGAACGCCGAAAUAGACAGAGUCAGGUUUUUGAUGAUUUCAGCGCCGUCUCGAGCAGUAGCAAUCCUUGGGCCGACGCGCUAGAUCAUGUGAAGCCUUCCGAUCUCGUCCUUGACAACUCAAACACAAUCCAUGAAAAUGGGCGACACCCCAAUUCAACGAAGUUUACGCCUCGAAGCACCGCUAGCGCCGGCUCUGACGGGCAGCAACUUGUCACACGGUCGAGGGCAUCCUCUACAGGUCUAUUCUCAGGCCGUUCCUCCUUCUCCACUCCCAGAGCGGAACCCAGUCCGGCAGGGCCAUCUCGGACCUUUGCGCAAACUCCGCCAUUCUCACCUGACAACGAGAAUAUAUCCCCAACAUUUGCUAAGGCCGCAGCCUUGCAGGCUUUGCCACCAAAAGCUCUUCCAACACCCCCAUUGCAAUCCAGUCAAGACGUGAGACCAUCGGCUCGGUUGACCCCCAGUGAGGAACGUCCGGUUUCUCACAUAUUGCACCUUCCUAACGACGCUUUGUCCACUGUCGCUCCGCUGUCUCCGCGACGCCUGGCAGCACAGCAAGGGUCGUCACUGGACUCUGUUCUCAGUCAGGAUUUGGGGUUUAUUCACGAUGCCAUGCAAAGACACAAAGAGUUCAUCGAGAAGGAGGCCAGCGCUGUCAAUGAGACGGAGGCCUUGAGAAUUUUCGCGGAUUUCAUCAUUGCCGAGUCUCAAAUCAGACGAGAAAGAUAUGACAAAGUCUGGAACUCGGGCGCUUUCGACAUUGAGGCAGCGCGCCGCAAGCUGUUUGAAUUACCGCCAAAGCCAAUUGUUGAACCCCAGGAUAGCAUUGCAGCAGUUGUAUCCCAUUCUCGGCGGCCUUCACAGGGGACACGAGCAGUGCCGCCAUUAGACAUACCUACGAGCCGCCCUGAAUCUGCAUGGUGGAGCAAUUACAAGCCUUGUUUGUCUCCCAUCGCCAGCAUGAGUAUGAGUAACGACGAGAUGAGCUCCAGGGGCCGGGCCCCCAGUCGCUGGUGGGAGUCGAGGACUGGGUCAGAGAGCGAGGGCGGCGAACGAAAGGUUCAGCGAUCAAAGCGAGAGUCAAAGUACAUGGGAGUACCUCGGGAAGCUAUGCAAUGGGCGGAAGGGCAGGAGUUUUUCGGCGCGAGUCAACAAAGCUAUGGAUCAAAUGCGACGAGUCAAUACGCCGCUUGUGGACCCGACGAAUAUCCCCCUGAAAAAGUCGGAUGGCAUGAAGAGCAAGAGCCUGCUCCCUCGGGCUUCCCGAGCUCUGCGCCACGUCAUGGAAUUGGACGGACGAGGGAAGUCCAGAAAUUGGAUGUCUCGAGAUUGAUUACUUUACCACCACCUUAUCCACGGCAUCAUCCUGCUGUCAACAACAGCCACCCAGACCUUGUUGCAUACCGAACGCUGGUGCGAUCAAUCGGCGAUCUUUCUGAAAUCAAAGCAACAAGACAGCGGCAUCAAUCCGAAGUGGAACGCUUAUUAAAAGGUCAUCGGGAGACAGUUGAUGAAGGUCGCCGACAGUUCAAAGCCAACAUUCAAAGCCAGAUCCAGCAGGGUAGUAUAACCUUCGCGGAGGCCGCCGAGGCUGAAGCCGCUCUGAUCGAAGAAGAAAAUCGACUUGAAAGGGAAUUGGUAAAGAAAGAGCUGGAUACGUACCAAGAGUCGGUCAUGAACCCGAUACAUGCUAUUCUAACGGACCGAAUCAACCGAGCUACCGCUUGCAUUGACGAAUUGAUCGGAAAGUUGUUUGAUGAUGCGCAGCACGAAACUCCUGACCAGACGCAGGAAGAGGGCGACGAGAAACCGGAAUUGUUGGAGAAGCUUAAACAGCUGAAAUGGCUGUUCGAAGGCCGGGAAGUGUUGCAUCGGGAAGCGUACGACCUUGUUGGAGAUCGCGAUGAGAAGUAUAAAGCCGUUGUCCUGCUACCAUAUAGACAAAAGGGAAACGAGGACAAGAUCCGCGAGACCAACGCCUUCUUUGCCCAAGACGCUCUCCACCGCCGGGUGACGUACGAAGCGAAAGCACUGUCCCGCCUCGAAUCUUUCCUAAGUGUAAUCGAGGAGAAUGUGGUUCGGGGUGUCGAGGUGCAGCUAUCAGCCUUCUGGGACAUUGCACCGUCUCUGCUGGCUCUGAUCCAACAAAUUCCGAACGAACUUCGUGGCUUUCAGAUCCAGAUUCCUGCCAAAGAGUUUGAAGAGAACCCAAGUUACCACGAGCACCCGCUACAGUACCUCUACACGCUCCUGUCACACGCAGAGAAAUCCAGCUAUCAGUUCAUCGAAUCCCAAAUCAAUCUGUUUUGCCUGUUGCACGAAGUCAAGUCUGCUGUGAUGGGAGCCAACUGUAAGCUCAUGGAGGCCCAACGUAUCCGCCAGGGCGAAGCAGAGGAUGAUGUGCGGCGUGAAAUGCAAGAAUCCCGCGCAGAUGAGGAGCGCGCUUUGACCAACGAUCUGAAAGACAAAGUCGCUACAGUGGAAGGUCAAUGGACUGAAGCUCUUGGGAGUCAGAUACAGGACCUCCGAGAGCGCGUGAAGGCACACCUUGUGAAUGAAAACGGCUGGGAUGAAUUGGAGCAGUUGGAAGAGGCAUGA